AUGUAUCACAGUAAAAAUGUUGGUAUCUUUUUGAAUAAAAUUUUUAUGGGCUACUGUGUCAAUGGACAAGUUAUUGGUCCCUGUCAUACACUAAAUAAAAAAACCACCGAAUGUCAAAGCGGAGAUAAAGCUUUACCUGUAGUUGAUUACCCAUCAGUGUUAACUAUAUAUGAGCUGAAAGGUCUUUUCCUUAACAAGGUGGCUGUAAAGAAAGCUUGCAAAUCAACUAACAAAGAAAAAUAUAGAGCUGCAGCAGUAUGCGUUGGUAAUUCUUAUCGACAUUGUGCUGAUAAUGAUUUUAAAACCUUGAUACCAAGUGGUGAGAAGUAUGGAGAAGCUAUUGAUUUUGUAUGUGAUAAUGAAGAGAUGAUUCCCUUCUUUGACUGUGGUGCUAACAAACUAGCUAGAGGAGGUUACACGGCAUCAACAACAAGUGACCGAUCAGCACUGUUCUCUCAACAUAAACAGUAUUAUUGUGGAGUUGAGGAGAUUACACAUGAAUGUGCACGAGAUGAUAUCGAUGUACAAGCCUGUUUAAACGCUGGAGCUUAUAAUAAAUAUGUAGAAUUCGAAAAUAUUUUACAGCCAUCGGCUUGUUGA